UUUCAGGUGACAGACGUCUACAUCCCGCGACCGUUCAGAUCGUUUGCGUUCGUCAACUUCUCCAGUGGGUUGGUAGCGGCCAAACUUAUAAGUAAGGGGGAUUAUGUGGUGAAAGGCUCAUCGCUGGCCGUGUGCGCGGCGGCUCCACGGGAAUACUCGGAUUAUUCGCCGCGGAUGGCGCCGAAAGGGAACUACGCAGGAGGGGGAUCGUACAUUAGGAAGAUUGCCACUGCGUCACCGCGAUACGACUCCUAUUCAGCGAGACAGCAGCAGCAGGUGAGUAUUAACAUGAUAUUAGUGUGA